CGAAGAAGGAGCGGCUCUCCGUCCCGCCAGACGCCGACUUUCCUCCGCCGCGGCGCCGCAGACGCUCCGUCGACCUCCCCCUUCCUCUCCGGCCAAGACGGCGCGGACCUUACGGCGACGCCGAGGACCUUCCAGCGUGUCUCGCCAUGGACGCCGUGCGUGACCGCGGGCUGUAGGCGGCGGGAAUAUAACUCCACGUUUAAAACCACUUUGGUUUUAAACCUUUUUUUUUUUUUUUUUUGGAACUGUUUACCGACAUUCUUACCACUCAUUCACUCCUACUUGAAAAAGGGACGAUGGUGAACCCGGGAGGAAACAGCCAGCCGCCUCUGCCGCCACAGGUGGGCGCCGGGUCCCUGUCGUGGAAGCGCUGCGCCGGCUGCGGGGGCAAGAUCGCCGACCGCUUCCUCCUCUACGCCAUGGACAGCUACUGGCACAGCCGCUGCCUCAAGUGCUCGUGCUGCCAGGCCCAGCUGGGCGAGAUCGGCACGUCGUGCUACACCAAAAGCGGCAUGAUCCUCUGCAGGAACGACUACAUCAGAUUAUUUGGGAACAGCGGCGCGUGCAGCGCGUGCGGUCAGUCCAUCCCUGCCAGCGAGCUGGUGAUGCGGGCGCAGGGCAACGUCUACCAUCUCAAGUGUUUCACGUGUUCCACGUGCCGGAACCGGCUGGUGCCGGGGGACCGGUUCCACUACAUCAACGGCAGCCUGUUCUGCGAGCACGACCGACCCGCGGCGCUCAUCAACGGCCAUUUGACUUCCCUGCAGACCAACCCGCUACUGCCCGACCAGAAGGUGUGUUAGGAGGAGGCGGGACAGGAAGCAGGAAGUGAUGUCCACACAGACUGAUGGAGCCUCCACACGGAGACUUGCACUUAAGUCCGUACCAGACCUGACUUAAGUCUGCUGAAAGAGACUCUUGAGGACGAGAGCCCACUAAGCAGGUCCACAACAAUCUGACUUUUCUUUUGUUGUUGUUUGUUUUGCCCAGAGACAUUUCAGGAGGCGGACUGCUUUCUUCCUCUUUUCUAUCGUCACGACAACAAGGUGAUGCUACUUCUUUUAUUGUGGCGGGAUUCUAAAUCCUUUUUUUUUUUGUUUUUUUUAUUCAUUUCUCCUUCGCCGGUGUCAACAAGAUGGCUCUUUGUGCACAACUGGGUGUAUUUGUAAGAUGAACAGGUGUGUACAGUAUGCAUGUUAAUGUCCUUGGUGUCCCCGCCCCCUUGGCCACGCCCCCACGUCGUGUAGCGUCGCCCCACACUUUAUUGCUGAAUGAAAGAGAAAUUUAUUUGUGAUAUUUUCCAAGACAUUUGCUUCUGUACGGUGUAUUUAAUUAAUAAAAAUAUGGAAGAUUUAACUUA